AUGCGCAGCUCCGCCGCUCCGCUAUCCGCAGCUCCGCCACGCGCAGCUGCGCCACGCGCAGCUCUUCAGCGUGCUGCCACCCAUGACCCGCGAUUGCUGCCAUGCUCGCCGUGCGUGCCUCUUCCCCUGCAUGUCGCCACAUGUCCCCCGCGCUGCCCCGCCCUGCCCCCCACCUGGGCCCCCUUGCCCCCCCCUGCCCUCAUUACUAUGCCACCCUUCCCACCACUCACACCACUCCGGCACCUCGUGGUUCUGCCAGCACUCACCGCCUAUUUCCCCUCUGCUCUUACCCCCUCUGCUCUUACUACCUGUGUCCUCCAAGCUCCGUGUUCCCCGGCUGCUCAUCCGUCCCUCUCUCCUGGUUCUUCCCUCCCCAUCACCGUGUGCCUCGAAUGGCAGGAGUGGCACGACUGGCUUAAGAGACUCCCACGCAUUUAUCAGCAAGCAAUCACAUUCAUCCCCCCUUUUCCCUUUCCCCUUUGCCAUUUCCCUCACUACCUCAAUCCCUUUCCCCUUUCCCCCUUCGCUCCCCUUUUUCCCGUUUCCUCUUCCCGCCUUCCGCCUUCCGCUUUCCGCCUUCCCCGUUCCCCCUUCCUUUUUGCCCUCCCCAUCCCUCCUCCCCCUUUCCACCUUUCCUCCUCCCUCGUCUCCCUUCCCCUUUCUCCGUGCCCUUUUUCCUCCCCAUUGCCCUUUUUCCUCCCCAUUGCCCUUUUUCCUCCCCAUUUCCCUUUUUCCUCCCCAUUCCCUUUUUCCUCCCCAUUUCCCUUUUUCCUCCCCAUUGCCCUUUUUCCUCCCCAUUGCCCUUUUUCCUCCCCAUUACCCUUUUUCCUCCCCAUUUCCCUUUUUCCUCCCCAUUUCCCUUUUUCCUCCCCAUUUCCCUUUUUCCUCCCCAUUGCCCUUUUUCCUCCCCAUUGCCCUUUUUCCUCCCCAUUACCCUUUUUCCUCCCCAUUUCCCUUUUUCCUCCCCAUUUCCCUUUUUCCUCCCCAUUUCCCUUUUUCCUCCCCAUUGCCCUUUUUCCUCCCCAUUGCCCUUUUUCCUCCCCAUUGCCCUUUUUCCUCCCCAUUUCCCUUUUUCCUCCCCAUUUCCCUUUUUCCUCCCCAUUUCCCUUUUUCCUCCCCAUUGCCCUUUUUCCUCCCCAUUGCCCUUUUUCCUCCCCAUUACCCUUUUUCCUCCCCAUUUCCCUUUUUCCUCCCCAUUUCCCUUUUUCCUCCCCAUUGCCCUUUUUCCUCCCCAUUGCCCUUUUUCCUCCCCAUUACCCUUUUUCCUCCCCAUUUCCCUUUUUCCUCCCCAUUUCCCUUUUUCCUCCCCAUUUCCCUUUUUCCUCCCCAUUGCCCUUUUUCCUCCCCAUUGCCCUUUUUCCUCCCCAUUGCCCUUUUUCCUCCCCAUUUCCCUUUUUCCUCCCCAUUUCCCUUUUUCCUCCCCAUUGCCCUUUUUCCUCCCCAUUUCCCUUUUUCCUCCCCAUUGCCCUUUUUCCUCCCCAUUGCCCUUUUUCCUCCCCAUUACCCUUUUUCCUCCCCAUUUCCCUUUUUCCUCCCCAUUUCCCUUUUUCUUCCCCAUUGCCCUUUUUCCUCCCCAUUGCCCUUUUUCCUCCCCAUCACCCUUUUUCCUCCCCAUUUUCCUUUUUCCUCCCCAUUUCCCUUUUUCCUCCCCAUUUCCCUUUUUCCUCCCCAUUGCCCUUUUUCCUCCCCAUUGCCCUUUUUCCUCCCCAUUUCCCUUUUUCCUCCCCAAUUCCCUUUUUCCUCCCCAUUGCCCUUUUUCCUCCCCAUUGCCUUUUUUCCUCCCCAUUGCCUUUUUUCCUCCCCAUUUCCCUUUUUCCUCCCCAUUUCCCUUUUUCCUCCCCAUUUCCCUUUUUCCUCCCCAUUUCCCUUUUUCCUCCCAAUUUCCCUUUUUCCUCCCCAUUUCCCUUUUUCCUCCCCAUUUCCCUUUUUCCUCCCCAUUUCCCUUUUUCCUCCCCAUUUCCCUUUUUCCUCCCCAUUUCCCUUUUUCCUCCCCAUUUCCCUUUUUCCUCCCCAUGGCCCUUUUUCCUCCCCAUUGCCCUUUUUCCUCCCCAUUGCCCUUUUUCCUCCCCAUUGCCCUUUUUCCUCCCCAUUGCCCUUUUUCCUCCCCAUUGCCCUUUUUCCUCCCCAUUGCCCUUUUUCCUCCCCAUUGCCUUUUUUCCUCCCCAUUGCCUUUUUUCCUCCCCAUUUCCCUUUUUCCUCCCCAUUUCCCUUUUUCCUCCCCAUUUCCCUUUUUCCUCCCCAUUUCCCUUUUUCCUCCCCAUUUCCCUUUUUCCUCCCCAUUUCCCUUUUUCCUCCCCAUUUCCCUUUUUCCUCCCCAUUUCCCUUUUUCCUCCCCAUUUCCCUUUUUCCUUUCUUCUCCUCCCACUUCCCUCUGCCCCUUCCCUUCGUGCCUUUUCCCCUCCGGAUUGUUCCUCCCCUUCCCCCUAA